CAGUUUCCAAACGCGUUUCUAUAUAAACUCAUGAUCCUGUAUUGAUUCUACUUUCUUAAAACUCUUGUUGAAAAUUGUUGUUAUUUCUUCUUUCAUCACUGAAUCAAUCAAUCAAAUCCAUUUCUCUGUUUUUGAUUAAAUGGAAGAACCAAUAGUUGUUAAUAAAGGUGAAGAUCAAGGUCUUGAUUUGCCACCAGGGUUCAGAUUCCAUCCAACUGAUGAAGAGAUAAUAGUUUGUUAUCUAACUGAGAAAGUCAAGAAUAGCAAAUUCAGUGCAACUGCUAUUGGUGAAGCUGAUUUAAACAAGUGUGAGCCUUGGGAUUUACCAAAGAAAGCAAAGAUGGGAGAGAAAGAAUGGUACUUUUUUUGUCAGAAAGAUAGAAAGUAUCCAACUGGGAUGAGAACAAAUAGAGCAACAGAUUCUGGUUAUUGGAAAGCAACAGGAAAAGAUAAAGAGAUUUUCAAAGGAAAAGGAAACCUUGUUGGAAUGAAGAAAACUCUUGUGUUCUAUAGAGGUAGAGCUCCCAAAGGGGAAAAGACUAAUUGGGUUAUGCAUGAAUUUAGAUUGGAAGGAAAAUUUGCUAAUUAUCAUCUUCCUAAAGCAGCUAAGGAUGAAUGGGUUGUGUCAAGGGUUUUUCACAAGAACACAGAUGUUAAAAAGACACAAAUUUCUGGUCUUUUAAGGAUGAAUUCAAUUAAUGAUGAUCUUCUAGAUUAUUCUUCACUUCCACCUCUAAUGGAUCCAUCUUAUACAAGUGAUGAAUUAAAAGGAAUCACUAAUCAAAUAUCAUCAUCUAAAUCACAAUCAGACGGCUAUUAUCUUCCAAGCUUUUCAAUCAAUAAUCACAAUCAACUUGUGAUCAAGCCAGAAGAUCAUAACCAUAGAAACUAUGAUCAGACUCAAACCAUCAUGAACUACACUUCCAAUAUUUCCAAUUCCAUUCAAUCAAAUCUCAACAACCCAAUUGGAAACACACUCUCACAACCACAAAUCCGAAUCCAAAAUCAAAACUUGAACUACUUUGUUUAUCAACAAAAUAGGAUGCAAAAUGUUAAUUCUAUCUCAAGUUUUGGAAACAACCAUGAUCAAGCUUUUGUAAGACCAUUUGGAGCUAAGAAUAAUAGUGAGUGCAAAAUGGAACAAUUCUCUUCAAAUCAAUCACAAGAUACAGGUCUUAGCAAUGACACGUCAUCAGCGGUAUCCAAACAAGACAUGGGAAGAAAUAGGGCAUUGUAUGAAGAUCUUGAAGGUCCAUCUUCAUCAGUUGCACCUCUCUCUGAUUUGGAAUGCUUGUGGGACUAUUGAACUUCAACAAUUCAUCUUCAUCAUAUAUAAGCUUGUUUGUGAUCCAUGGUUUUUUUAUCUUGGGAUCAAAACCAUUCUUAGAUACUAGUUGCAUACUAUAUAUAUGUUUUCUUGGUUUUUUAUUAUAAACUCAUUUAUUUAUAUUCAUAUUAUAAAUAUGGAACAUUAUUAGGAAUAUCAUAGGAAAGUUCUUGGAUAUACAUAUACUCAUGUAUAGAUUUAUGAUAUCCAAGACUUUUCAGUGUUAAUUAGUUUAUUAUUAUUCAUAGAUUAUAUCGAGAGAUGAAGGACUUAAAAAUUCAUGUACAUCUAUAUUCUUUUCUUAUAUUGGUGGGUUUGUUUUAUUCA